ACAUUGGCUGAAGGAUACAGUCCGCCAAAUAUUAGGUUCUCUGCUAGUUGUUGGUAGUUAGUGUUUAGUUCCGUAGUGAAUGGUGUUACUUCUGUAUACGGAAGAUUUGGAAAUUAUUUGAAAAUAAGAUUAUUUAUGGAGGUUUACAUCGCGCUGCUGCUUUGCAAAUUAUGUAACACUGAAAGAUUGAUGUUCUGGAUAUACAUUAAGUGCCUGUAGUUUCGUGUGAGUCCAUAUAUUAUUUGCCGUUUUUGGUAUAGAUUUUCAGUCUCGCACUCCAAGACUCUGGACAAAGUCAGAAUCCUCGGAGAUAAAGGCCUGAUGUUCGGGAUUCUUAUUCAGUACUAGUACUACUAAGUGAAAGCUGACAGACAGUGGUUAUUCAUUUUCUGGCCUCCAGAUUCAUCAUUCGGUAGCACUGUCGUAAACAUGGCUGCAGUGGGCUUUGAGGAGUUCUCUGCUCCCCUAGGUUCUGAUCUAGCACUUCCACCCCUCUUUGGGGGUAACAUCCUGGAAAGUGAAUUGGAUACAGAAGUAGAGUUUGUGGAUGCAGGAAUGGAUGAAGAGAGUCACCGGGAUGAGGAAGAGGAGAUUCUACAACGUCAGCAAGAAUUGUACAAAAAGAAGUACCAGGUGCUCAGCCGUAGAUGUAAAGAGAUUGAACAGGUAAACGAGAAACUUCUAAAUCGAUUGAACCAGGUACAGAAGAUUACUCGCCGGCUGAAGAAGGAGAGAAAGUUUCUUAUGCGGACAUUGCAGGUGUAUGGCGAUGACUACAGGAAGGCACAGCUAACUAUUCUCUUGGAGGAGGACGGAAAUCGAGGUGAGGAUAUCCUUUCUCCUGUGAAUGCAGAGAAUGAACCCUUGGAGGGGGAGAGCACACUAGCUACUCACAAACCCCGCAUAGCUAAUUCUCGGAGUGCCCCAGAUUCCAGAGGCUCAGAAAGUCCAUCUGUGACUGAUGCUUCAAGUGCAAAGAAGAAGAAAAAGCUCAGAGAAGAGAGAGAAGUAUCUUCAUCUCGCAAACCUUCACAUCCAUUUUCAUCUGUGGCCUCUGAGCAUCCUAUCCAGCUUAAGCUGGAAGAGGAUAUGAGUUGUGAACCAGGUGAAACAUCGCUGACACAAAGCUGGCAAAGCAGUAGUCCAGUGGAAGAGCGAGUCCACUACAGUGAUUAUUCUAGCCCUACAACAUGCCCAGAUUUCGAGUGAAAUGGCUUGCAUCUUGUACUUUGGGAGAACCAAUGCAGACAUCAGUUUCUUCUUCAUUGACAUGUACCUCUGAAUUCUGAUUAAUCUCCAGCCACUUAGCAGCAAUAUUAUCAGGAUAAAAAUUCUUGAUUUCACAUCCAGCGGAUUUUUCUCUCUCUGGGUUGGCAAAACUUUCUUCAUCAGAUAAAGUAACAUGGCUUUGCAGUGACUGUCAGACGUAGAGUAUUUAUAUCUUUACUGGGAGUUCCAAAGAUAUCGCAUUCAUGUGUGCCUUCUUCACUGAAGUGCACCUUUGAAAGCAGGAGUGAAGAAUUGCCUUUCUUGAGCUGCUCUUGGGACACAAUUACUCUGGAUCCAAACGUAUGAUACUGUUCUACACCUCCAUUGAAAGUGUACCACUCAACACCCAACGUUUCCAGACUCCAUUCACUGAUAACAUCACUGACAUAACACUGCAACAAAACGUCUUCCUUUAGAAGGACAUCUGUAUCUCUUGUUUUAAUUGUAAUGGUACUGUCUCACAUAGCACCUCCCACAAGUUUACAUCAUUCCUUCUUUUUAUUACUUUUUUAGUAAGUUUUAACUAUGUUUACAUUUUUUGUGUGCGUGCACAUAUCCUCCCCCUGUGAAAAGUGAAGGGGUACAGGUUGACUGAAUGGAGUAUAAUGUUUUGGCUGAAGACUUUUCAGUUAAAUUUAUUUUCACUUUGCAGUCUGGGGUUUACUGAAGCCUUAAAGUAAUAAAAUAUCUCUUAAGUGUU